AUGCCCACCUUCAGCUUUGGAAGUCUUCCUAGGCGCAGAAGGCGCAAUGAUGGGCCUGUCAACCUGUGUCUCACCUGUGGAAAAUGCUACAAACACAAACAACACCUGAAGAGGCACUUGAUGGUCGAAUGUGGCCGAGAACCUAGCAUUCAAUGCCCAUAUUGUAGUCACAGAACAAAAUAUCAACGUAGUCUAGAAUUGCAUAUAGCAAAUAAGCACGAGAAAAAGAAUAAUUCAAAUAGCAAUUCGAAUAAUCCAAUGACUGAUCUACCUGGAAUCGACAAUACAACGGCCAAGCAUUCGAUGUCUGUUGUCGGGCCUACAAAAAUUCCUAAAUAUGCUCCAUUAACCUCAUCAAUGGAGUUGAACUAUCAAGUACCUCAAUUUUUCAUGCGAGAUUAUCUUAGUGGAUAUGCACUAUCUCCACAGCAACACUUGGCCCAGAUUCAUAAUCAUCAGAAAAUGCAUUUUGGAUCGCCGCCUGUGGAAAAUUGUUUUGCUUGCACGGCGUGUAAUAAAUCUUAUAAACAUAAGACACAUCUUAAAAGGCAUCUGGAUGAAGGUUGUCCAAACUUAACUGAUGGCGUUGCUCGAAGAUUUGCUUGUGAAAACUGUGAAAAGACAUAUAAGCAUAAGCGUCAUCUACAGAGACAUCAGAAAGACGAAUGUGUUGCGGUGGGUGCUGCUCCCAGAUUCAAGUGUGAAAUGUGUCCAUCAGCUUUUAAAAGGCGAUAUCACUUAACCAGACAUUAUCUUAAUACUCAUAAUAAUGGAGUAGCAACAGCUCUUGUAAAAACCGAGCUUGACAAAAGCUCGAUAAUAAAAGAUGAAGGAGCAACAGCUCUUGUAAAAACCGGGCUUGACAAAAGCUCGAUAAUAAAAGAUGAAGUUGAAAUAGCUUAA